AUGUCAAUUCUUCUACGUAUUACGUUUAUUUUAGGUAGACCAAGUUACCUUCAUGAUGAAAAAAAUCCUGACUGGGCACCGUCACUUAAGUUGGAAGUAAAAGAUGCUCACAGCCAAACAAACUUAAGCAGAUAUCAGAGAGCCAAAAAAAGACCAGCUUUAGGAAAUAGGAGAAAAGAUGAGAAACUUGUAGUAGACACCCUUCUUGAGGCAGCUGCAGUGAAACAAGGCCCUAAACAGCCAUGUAUUAGCACAGAGGAGAGUGAGGUGAAGGCAAGAGCUACAUGUGAUUCAGUGUCCUGCAAAAGUGAAUUCCAGACAGCAACAUGUGAUGCCAACACUGAUUCUGCAUUAUUAAUAUCCACAGACAGCACUGAAACUAAGGAGAGCCUCAAAGCUCAAAUAAAAGCCUUACGGGAGAAGUUGAGAAUCUCACAGGCGUUUCAACAAACCUUGCAUCAAACUGCAGAAUGCAUUAAGAUUCAGGCUAAAUGCACAGAGAAGCAGAUUAAGGAGAAUUUUGUCAAACUUUACCAGUUGUUAUCUAAUGAAGAAGCAGCGAGGAUAAAAGCACUGAGGGAGGAAGAAGAGCAAAAGAGCCAGAUACUGAGGAAGAAGACUGAGAAGAUGAGAAAAGAGAUGUCAUCUCUUUCUGCCACAAUCGCAACUGUAGAGGAGGAGAUGAAAGCUGAAGAUGCUUUACUCCUGCAAAACUAUGAUGCCACUUUGAAAAGAGUUUCCCAGUGUAAAGCGCCAGAUCCAGAGGACAUUUCUGGAGUUCUGAUCAAUGUGCCAAAACAUCUGAGCAACCUGAAGUUUACUGUGUUACAGAAGAUGCAGAAAACUGUUGAUUACACUCCUGUGACCUUUGACCCCAACACUGCUCACUGUAAUCUCAUCCUGUCUGAGGAUCUGACCAGUGUGAGAUACACAUGAACCACCACAAUCACCAGCUCUCCUCCCAGUGAAAGAGAAACUGCAGAGGAUCAGAGUUCAGCUGGACUGGGACAGUGGAAAGCUGUCGUUCUCUGACCCUCUUACUGACACUCAUAUGCACUCUUUUACACACACGUACACUGAAAGAUUAUUUCCAUUCUUCGGUGUUGGCUGUGACAUUUCUCCUUUGCUCAUCCU